AAUUGGAUCUAGGAUGAACGUUAACGCUUUAUAUCUCUACAAGCAACAAAGCGCAACAUCACCACGAACCUCCGCAUACCAGCGCUGGACAGGACCAGAUGGUCCAGACAGAGCUCCGCUUAUCUCUCCAAGGCAUCGCCCCCCUGUGUCAAACCCCCCGCACAAUGGCUUUGGUUCCCUCCCCUCUGACGCGCCGGGGCCAAAUAAAUAGGAGGCUUUCCAGCUCUGCGGCACACUUCAGCUCAGCCGCUCCAAGCGCAAGUAUCUCCCCUCAAAAAACACAGCUACAAGCAGAAAACAAAAUGAGUCCCAACGUCACUACUGAGGCCAACCAGCUUCUCCCUGCCAGGUCCACCGUGGCCCAGAGAAAACAAGCCAACGAACUGAGAAAGACUCUUAAGCCCUUGCUGGAAAAGAAAAGACGUGCUCGUAUCAACGACAGUCUCAGUCAUCUGAAAAGCCUGAUUCUUCCUCUGGUCGGCAAAGACAACGCACGCUACUCCAAGCUGGAGAAAGCUGACAUUCUGGAAAUGACCGUCCGUUUCCUCAGAGACCUUCCUUCCGCUCCAGUCAAAGACUCCGCAGAGAGUUACAGAGAAGGCUACAAAUCCUGCCUCCAGCGCGUCUCUGCUCUGCUUCCCAAAACGAACCUGGACCAAGACGCGUGUCACCGGGUGAAUGACUUCGUCCAGCAGUCCACGUCCGCCAACAUAACCCCAACCUGUCUGAACUGCUGCGCUCAGAGCUCCAGGACUCUCCCUCAGAUCCAACAGAGACUCCUGAGCCUCAAAUCCAGCUUCAGCUCCAGACUGGAGAGCCAGUCCCGCAGCAGCGGUUGCGCAGUGGCUCCCUGCCCAGCGCAGUCCGGCCCGCAGGCUGUCAGCGCUGCCAUGUGGAGACCUUGGUAGAUU